AUGCCUUCGGACGCAAAGAAACGAGCCCAGCAAAAGAAAAAAGAACAAGCUACUAAUAGAAACAAAAAGCCUGUGGCAAGAGUGACGACUGCGGAGACGAAUGGUUCUACAAAUGGUGCGGUAAAAGAAGAUCGAGAGCUCACUGCUGAAGAGGCACUAUGUCUGAAGUUGGAGGAAGAAGCGAAAAUGAAUUCCGAAGCCCGUUCCUGCACUGGUUCUUUGGCAGUUCAUAUAAGAUCAAGGGAUAUAAAGAUUGCAAACUUUUCCAUCACUUUCUAUGGCAGUGAAUUGCUCCAAGACACAUUGCUAGAGUUGAAUUGUGGUCGAAGAUAUGGCCUUGUUGGUCUAAAUGGCUGUGGUAAGUCAUCAUUGCUGGCUGUGUUGGGUCGGCGGGAAGUACCGAUACCAGAUCAUAUUGAUAUUUUCCAUCUAACUCGUGAGAUGCCGGCAUCAGAUAAAACAGCCUUGCAAUGUGUUAUGGAAGUUGAUGAAGAGAGAAUCAAGUUAGAGAGACUUGCCGAAGAACUCGCCCAGUGUGAAGACGAUGAAUCCCAGGAACAGCUAUUGGAUGUUUAUGAUCGUCUGGACGAUUUAAGUGCAGACACUGCCGAGGCUAGAGCAGCCCAUAUUCUUCAUGGUCUAGGUUUCAGCAAGGAGAUGCAACAAAAGGCCACCAAGGAUUUCUCAGGAGGAUGGCGUAUGAGAAUUGCUUUGGCGCGUGCGUUAUAUGUGAAGCCACAUUUGCUUUUGUUGGACGAGCCGACUAACCAUCUUGAUUUAGACGCCUGUGUGUGGCUUGAAGAGGAACUCAAACAAUAUAAGAGAAUCCUAGUGCUUAUAUCACACUCUCAAGAUUUUCUGAAUGGAGUGUGUACUAACAUUAUUCACAUGAGCAAGCGUAGGCUGAAGUACUACACUGGUAACUAUGAGGCCUUUGUGAGGACCCGCAUGGAGUUGUUGGAGAACCAGAUGAAACAAUACAAUUGGGAACAAGAUCAGAUCGCUCAUAUGAAGAACUACAUAGCUCGGUUUGGUCAUGGUUCAGCUAAACUCGCUCGCCAAGCCCAGUCCAAGGAGAAGACUCUAGCCAAGAUGGUAGCUCAAGGUCUUACUGAGAAGGUCACGGAUGAUAAGAUACUCAACUUCUAUUUCCCGUCAUGCGGGAAAGUGCCGCCGCCCGUUAUCAUGGUUCAGAAUGUUUCAUUCCGCUACACAGACAGUGGACCUUGGAUAUAUAAGAAUUUGGAGUUUGGUAUAGAUCUGGACACACGGCUAGCGCUUGUGGGACCAAAUGGAGCCGGAAAGUCUACGCUGUUGAAACUUCUAUACGGAGACUUGGUACCGUCGACGGGUAUGAUCCGUAAGAAUUCUCAUUUGCGCAUCGGUCGUUACCACCAGCACCUUCACGAGCUGCUAGAUCUGGACUUGUCUCCGUUAGAGUAUAUGAUGAAGGAGUUCCCAGAAGUACGAGAAAGAGAGGAGAUGAGAAAAAUCAUUGGAAGAUAUGGUCUUACUGGGAGACAACAGGUGUGUCCAAUGCGUCAAUUGUCUGAUGGUCAACGUUGUCGCGUUGUAUUCGCCUGGCUGGCGUGGCAGACACCUCACCUGCUGUUGAUGGACGAACCGACCAAUCACUUGGAUAUGGAGACCAUAGACGCCCUCGCUGACGCCAUUAACGACUUCGAUGGCGGUAUGGUGCUCGUCAGCCACGACUUCAGACUUAUCAACCAGGUCGCCGAAGAAAUUUGGAUCUGUGAGAAUGGUACAGUAACCAAAUGGCAAGGAGGUAUCCUGAAAUAUAAGGAUCAUUUGAAAUCUAAGAUCUUGAAGGAUAACGCCGAUAAUGCGGCAAAAUUUAACCGCAAAUAG